AGCCAAGCUCGCCUCCUUUUUGCCCGUCAGUUGCCGCGGGGAGAGGCAGCGCCCUGCACCGCCAGAUCCGCUCCGGGGAUUCUGGAUAUUAAAGAAGAAAUGCCCCCAGCCUGAGAUGCCUUAAGGGCUUCUCUCCUUCCAGAAGACAUACAGAAUAUAGUAUUGAAUUUUUGAAGAUCCCUAUGGUUCUCCCUUUGGCCUAGCCUCUGUGUUGGUGAAUAUCAAAGCUGCUGGGAAAACUUUGAUUGGGCCGCUGCCUCGGACACGGUACGGUGGUAUGUGACAUCCUUGUUAUUGCUGACAAAGGGUUCUGGAAAGCUGAUCUUCUAAGGAUCCUGCUAACAGAAUUAAGCAGUUGGCUGAGAUGUCCACCGCUAAAGUGCCGAUCUACCUGAAAAGAGCAAGCAGAAGAGGAAAGAAAGAGAAGCUUCGAGAUAUCCUCUCUUCAGACAUGAUCAGCCCACCGCUGGGGGACUUCCGGCACACGAUCCAUAUCGGGAGCGGUGGGGAGAACGACAUGUUUGGCGACAUUUCUUUCCUCCAAGGGAAGUUCCACCUUCUGCCGAGGACAGAGGGCAACUUGAGUCCGGACGGGACCAGCCAGUACGUGGUGCCCUUUGAGUUCUCGCGGACCGCUACCAUCUCGGGUUACGAGCCGCCGUCGCCUUUGGACAUCCCGUCACCUCUCCUCAAAAACGCAAUCUCCCUGCCGGUCAUCGGUGGCUUGCAAGCAUUGACCUUGCCUUCUGCUCAAGCCCCGCCUAAACCGCCCCGCCUCCACCUUGAUGACAAAGGUCCAGCCGCUCCCCAAACAAACGACCUUGUACAGAAUCCUCCCUGCAUAGGUUCUGCUAGGACUUUGGAGCUCAUUGGUGCCCCCAACGGCAAGUGUGUGGCGUCUGUGAACGGGUUUGCAGAGGAGGAAAAUAAAGACAAGGCUUUCAUGUCCCACGCGGGCUCUCUGCUCUCCCUUCACGUGGACUUGGGGCCGUCGAUUUUGGACGACGUUCUCCAGGUGAUGGAGAAGCACCAGACGGAGGAUUUGGGUGCUUCCUUGCAUGAUUCCAACAGACAGGAAAUCCUGACAUAACCAGGGAGGUGUCCAGCGGAGUGGACCUUUGACUCUUAAAGCACAGCAUUUUGUACAUAAGCGAGUGUUUUGAUGUUAAAUGAGCCACCUAAAUUGGGUGAAUGGAGUGUAAGAACCUUUGGUGUGGCUUCACUAAUAAUAUGAUCCACCAUCCUCCCCACCUUUCAAAGAGCCUGUUGCACAAGGCAGACUUCUCUCUUUCCAAUGCACUGUGUCGGCAAAAACUGAGAUGCGGGUGGGUCCCUUGCCCUCUCUGCAAGCUCUACACACACAACACACACACAACACACACACACAACACACACACUUCUACUGAAACCUGUAUUAGCAACCAAGCAAUAAACAAAUAAGCAUAUGUUAAGUUACCACUCGU